GCACCUUUACUUGUUACAACCUCAGACACACUGACUACAUCAUGAUCAUGCCUUCUGCGGUGAAGGUGGCAGAGAUGAAGGCGCUGAUCUGCGUCGCCGUGGCGUUGUCACUGAUCCACGUCGUGAUGGCCGCCGAUUACGUUGUCGGCAACCCGGCCGGCGGCUGGGACGGGAGGACUGACUACAAGUCCUGGGCUGCAGCCCAAACUUUCGCUCCAGGAGACACCCUGACAUUCAAGUACAACUCGUUCCACAACGUCCUCGAAGUGACCAAGGACGCCUUCGAAGCGUGCAUCACGACCAACCCAAUCUCCUACGACAACAGCGGCAGCACCACCAUUGAGCUCACCAUGCCGGGGAGGCGCUACUUCAUCUGCGGUGGCCCGGGACACUGCCUGGCUGGUAUGAAGAUGGAGGUGAACGUCGUCGACCGCCCUGCGCCCACGACACCCAGUCCGCCGCCGCUGCUUCCACCGCCAGGACAAGCAAAGAGGCGGUCUGCACCAGCGUCAAUGCCGUUAACACCGGCACCUAUGGCAUGGGCACCAUCGCCAAGGUCGUGGUCACCGACGCCAGUACCCGCGGCUGCAUCGCCGAGACGUGUAGGGCACAAGAAGCACAGGAAGAGACAAUGCCCGCCUAAAGCUGCACCGGCACGGUUCCCCACGGUGCAGUCCGUGGAGGCAGAUUUUCCUUUCGCAGCGUUGGCGCCAAUGUCACCCCCUCCGCCGCCACCACCGACUUCGGGCGGGCUUGCCGUGCUGCGAGCAAAGUGGGGCCAGGUCACAGGGGCGCUAGCAGCUCUUAUGGGGUUCAUGCUUUUAGCCCUGUGAAACGGAGAGGUUUAAGAUCGGAUCAUCACAUGCACGUGCACGUUUUAUUGUUUAAUUUGUAUGUUUAGAUUGUGAGCAGGUGUGAUAUUUGUGGAGAGAUGGGAAUAGCUGUAGUAUCUUUGGUGUGUUCUA